AUGAAAGUGCGCGUCCGCGAGAACGGUGGGUUUUGCUCGGAGACAGAGGAACCGUGCCAUCCGGUUGGGAGACCGCACGAUGGCGAGAAGUCACGGGCGGCUCCGGAGACGGUGACAGAGGAGUGGCGAAACUCGUGUUCAUCUCAUGAUUUUCAAGGCCCGCAGACAAUGGGGACGUCCAGCGCUUCUUGCAUAGGGGCGAGACGGGACAGAAGCCUAGACUAUCAGGCAUCAUGCGUACCGGCGAGAUUGCCGAGCUUCCUUCGGAGUGUGGACACGGAUGACCAAUGCGGAAUGACGGAUGAGCGCGUUGUCGAAUGCAUGGGUGCCGUGAAGCCGGACAGGCACUACCCCGUUGGUGCUUCGAACACCAGCCGUGGGAAGGUAUCUUCAGAAGAGCACCUGAACGUCGCUGAAUUGAACGUCAUUGCUAAAAUGAAGGCGCUGGCAGGAUCACGCCUCCUCCACACAUCUAACCAGGCAGUUGGGAAUUCGCUUCCCGAAGCUACCCUUCGGCUGUUAACUGGUAGCAUGAACCUGCCUCAAGACGGAUGUGGCCAGGAUACUGUCGGUUUUCAUCGUAGGCUUGGGGAAACCAGGUCAGGGGAGACACAGUUGUGCCGUCAGCAGGUACUGAACAGGUGUUCAGAUUUCACCGGUGAGGGUCCGGAAAGCUUUGAAACUGCUUUCCGCAAGGCCGAGGUUGACUUCCACCUGUCGGGAAAUACUGAUGGCGUCGAUAGUACUGGAAGCACUAGGUCAGAGGACUCCGGCUGUGAAUCGCCAUCCUCACCGCCGUUUAUUGCGUCAGCGGCCGCCACUGGUUCCCCAAAACAUUCUUGUGCCCCGCUUCGCAGCAACUCUGCAAGGGGCAACGAUGGGGCCGCAAUGGAUAGUCGAUCCAAGAAAGAGACGGUUGAGACAGACGGCGCUUUCUGGGUAAAUGCCAAAAAACGCACCUAUAGCCGGUCGCCGAGGAAUAUUCAAGCUGACAAUGGCCGUGCACUGCCACUCAGGCAUAAUCAGGAAGGGAAGGGACGAAUCAGUGGCGGCGCUACUUCUGCAGACUACUACGCAAUGCAUAAAGCCCUGCCCAAGGUGACUGGGGUGCGUUUCCAGGCCCAGAGGAACCGUUUUGUGGCGGAGUGGUAUGACCGCGGUCGAACCAGGAUGGCGUACUUUCCCGUCAAAUUGUACGGAUUCGAGCAUGCGCGGAAUCUGGCUAUCCGAUGCAGAGAGGAAGUGCUACAACUCAAACUUGCCAAGCGGAACAGCAAGGGCGACGAUCCAAGCAACAUCGCGUCCGCACGUCGCGAGAACGGCUGUGCAACUCUCGGGUCAUUGGAGAUUGACACGCCUCCGUUGAAAUGCUGUCGCCUCGACAACAACAUAUCCACGGCGUCUGUGCCUUCUUGGCGACAUACAGUUUUCCCGAAAACUUCAACUCCGCCUUUCCAGUCUCCCUUCCUCUGUGAUGUAGCGACCUCUCCAGCACCGCCGCUCAAAAAAUGCACUGACAAGGAAACACCUGCUUCGGACGUUAGCCUACUUCGAUCGCUUCUCGCUGUCGAUUCUGAGGCGGUCAACAAUGCGAUGGCUGCUCACAGUGAGCCGGGCUACUUUUCGGAAGACCCGUGUUUGCCGACGCUGCUGCAGCAUCGGCAGGGGCGCCUGAACUCUAAGCGGACACAGCCACCGGCGAGUGGAAGAGCGGCGAACGCUGAGGUAGGAGAGGCCAUCCUACGUGAGCUGCUUAAAAGAGUUGUGGCGGCGGCCGCUGACGGCGACCAGAUGCAGAAGACCCAUGGUAAUGGCGGCGCCUUGGGCUCCAGUAGUUCAACGGGAAAGGUGUCAACCGCGCCACUCGGCUUCCGUUCGCCGCUCUCGCCGCUGGAUAUGGCAGAACUUUUUCAGCCGGCGCCCUGCGAUCAGACGCGAACAAGUGACAAAGACGAGCCUCGGUCUCUGCCUCCCGAGAUCGUAUCGUCGGCGGAGUGCCCUUCGCCUGCGAAAUGCUUCCCAUUGUGGCCAGAUGCGCAGCAGUCUCGUAUCUUGACCAGCGAAUGCGGUAACCAGACAGACCGUGCUCGGAAGCAGCCUGUCUCGUCAGGCCUCAGACCUAGCGACAGCAGCGGUCUUGGGCGACGUCUCGCAGCACGAACAAGUGGGGGAGUGUGCGACCAAGGAGAGGGUCUGGUCGAGCCCUCUAACUACAGUCAAAGGCUUUUUGAGGUACGGGAGUUAGAAGAAUGCGGUCAUCAAAGCGGCGAUGGUUGUGAGAUCGUCCCAGCAGCGCGCUCGACUGCACAAGACUGCGGAAAUCGAGUAGACAGUGGAGUGUUUUGCACGGACGAUCUGCGUGCAUCAGAGUCCUCGAACCUGUCGCCAAGUCGCACGGUGGAUCCGUGUAACGCACCGGAUUCGACAGACGUCCACGAAAAGAAGCUGGCUAUACUCAAGACGGCGGUUAGUGUUAUUAUGAACGAGGUGAUAGAGCGGUGCACCCGCGGACCGCCUGGCGGUAACCUAGGAACUCGCACACAUGGCACUUCCAGCCUCCAGCGGGGCGGCGCUGUGUCGGGUGAUGCCCGGGAAUCCGGCGAAGAGGUCCGCAGCGUCGACAAGCAGCAUCUGCUGCUGAAUGCCCUUCGAGAAGCCAUGGCAGCCGGACAUCGCCCGGGGGGUUGGCCCGCGUAA